CCUCAUAGAAUAUGAAUUCCCUGAUUGGGGCUGUUAAUCUUGUCCAAUUAGAAGCCCUCAUUGACGAAUAUAAACAGGAGUGUCAGAGGUUCUGAUCACUCUGAGAAAACUGGAGUUAAGGACUUUACACAUAUGAAUAAAGGAUGAUUUGGUGAAGUGAUACAAGCCUCUGUGCAGUUAUUUAUGUUCUCAUUAAAAUAAUAUGCCUAAAUCUAUAAUAAUGAUACAGACUAGUGUUGCAUUCCCUGGAUUUCAGGAGGUGAAGCGCGAUUUUAUUAAAAUUAGGGUAAAUGGAGAGAAACUAUUUCUUGUGAUUAGGCAGUCUUUUAUAAUGGGACAUGACCUAAAACAUAUCGCUUUAGCAGUGAGAUUAGGGAACUUCUACAUGCAAAAUUGGCUAAAAUUUAGAAGAUUAUUACUCAAAGCUUUAAGGGGCUAAGGAGGGGAUAUGGAGUGGUUGCAGAUUAGCCGUGAUCAUGUUGACAUUGACUAGUGGAACCAGCUUGAGGGGCUUCCACCUGUUCCUAUGCAACAAUCUCAGCAAAAAGGUUUUGUCAGCAUCUUGCAUCUGCCAGCGGUGUUGUUGAUCUGGGACCAGCUGUUCAUGCAAAACUGGAAGCUUCAGGUGAUGGAGGAUUUCUGCCUGGCCAUCCUCCUGCUACUGAAGGAGUGUUUGAUGGUGGCCAGUGAUCAUCAAAGUUUGAAAAAGGUAUUCCUUGUUCAUGCCAGCCACCUAUACACAUUAGAUAUUCAAAGAUCUUGGAUCCAUUUGCAACAAGGUGGCCUACCAACUGAUAUCCCUGGAUUGAACCAACGAAAAUUGAGGACUCUGAAUGGAAUAUUCACAGAGAACAAUGGCUCACUGAAAGGUAUCAUCAAUGACACAAAUCUUAAAAGCACUGUUGGUGAGAUCCUUCCUUUUGGACUAAAGAAUAUUUCAGUGAAACUAAUUUUGUUGAAAUCCAUGUCAGAGGUGUGGUGGAAGGACUUUAAUCCCCUUGAUGUGAAGUUAAAUGUUUCUGUAUUCUAUGGCAACUUGAUGUUGCACUCAAAGACCUCUCUUUGUAAACCAACUCUCCUGAAUAUGAAUGAAGAAAGAACACCCAAGGAGACAACAAUGAGUGAAAUUGCUCUCAACUUUGAAGAAAAAUUUGAGUUUGAGCUACUGGAUACAUCCAAAUUCAAAGUCACGGAUCCAACUGAGGACCAGCCAUUUCUGAUUAUCAGACUGCUGUAUUCUCCUAAUGUGAAAGACUUUGGACCAAUGGCCAUGGGCUGGGUUAAGGUGGACACAUUUUACCAGGAAACCAAAGCUACCAGGUUGUUGUGGGGAUCCAAUCCACAGUCCUUGGUCACUGCAUUGAAUUCUGGGAAGCCCCCUGACAAUAUUGCUGAUGGAGAUCCACCAUGCAACUACACUAAACUUGUCCAGCAGGGAUCAGAGAUAACACUGGCUACUUAUGAUCCAUCCCUGGAAAAGCAGAGACAGAGAGACCAGAAAACAGAGGGGGAGAGAGUUUUGAAAUCUGAUGAACACUUUCUUACUGCGCCAUGGGUUGCCCAUAAUCAAGCUAUUGCAUUACCAUAUCCAACAAUGGUAAAUGAGCCUUUUGAUCUGUACAUUGACGCAAUACGUUAUAUCCCAGACAAUGCAACCAUCACCAAGGUGAUUGGACGAAUACUGCAUUCAGGCCACAGUGAUCUCCCUGAUAUCUCAGCUUUCCCAGUACUCAAUAGUCCAGCAAGGUGCCCAGAGUUCCAUUAUUGCAUGACUAUAAAUGUGAAGGGCAAAGAAACACUAGAUCCCAAUGUGUUCGUUUUGCUUAGAGUGUACACAAUCAAUUUCGAUACUGGUGACCUGGUCAUUAUUGGCGAUGCUAUGGUUUCCUUGUUCAAUGAAAAUGGAGAGUUAAAUGUUGGAGGAUUCCAACUCAAACUAAAACAAGGGAUGCCGUCAACAGGACAGACUCCUCUUAGUGCAAGAUCGUUCAAACGCCAACGUACAAUUCCCUGCUGUACUUUGUUGAUUCGACUUUUACCACACACACAGGAUCCUGUGCCUCCUCCAGACUAUCUAAGUGGAUUUUACUUUACUGAGGAUGCAAAACCAAGCAAAUCAGAUCUGGAGAUAAUUUUAUCCUUCCAGCAAGACAAGGAGUUCCCAAACUCUGUGGGCAAUGCAACAGCACAGUUAAUGACCAAAGAACAAAUGAACAUUCCCCCUGAACAGUGGAUGGCCUGGUACAAGGAAAGAUUAGACAGCAGGAAACACCUUUUACAUCAGCAAUCACCAGCACACCUUAGUUUAGUCCAUAUGGUUCGAUACCGCCCACGAACUGGAAUCCAUCUACGAAUUUCCCAAGUCUAUGGCUUGAAAGAAAAUGGCCUUUAUGUGAAUGCUUUUGCCAGAAUUCUAAAAGGAGACAAUGCUUUGCGAGUGCCUGGAACAGCUGAAUCCAGGGACGGUGAAGAAAAGUUCUUGACCCGUCUGCAUGAUUUUGCCAGUCUUCAGAGAUCACCUCGCUGGAAAGACCCAACUUGGGUGUUACAUCCAUGCUGGGAUCCCCACAGUGUGCUAUUUGUCCACGUAUUUGGUAUCAAUGUUAUCUACAAACCUGAUCCUAAUGGUCAGCAUCCAGGCAAAGUCACAUCACACACAGGAGAGGAGCCAAAACUGGAUGCACUGUUACAGUUGGGGUGGUCAGCAAUUCCCCUUUUUUGUGGUCCAUACGUGAAAACUGGGCUCCAUAAUGCACCACUUUUUCAAGGUGCUCCAGAUUCUGAAUUUCUGAAUGAUUUACUUUUACAUCCUUUACAAUAUGUCAUGGGAAAAUGUCUGAAUAAAAAGAAAUUGACACUUACAAAAGAAUACAGCAGCAUUGCAAUAGAGGUGUGGGACGGACAUUAUUUUGAUGAUGAGCGUUGUGACUUACCGGUUAUUAAUGACCUUCUCACAAUAGAUAAAAUAAGUAAAUUUCUAAAAGUCCAAUUGAACAACAAGGGCAAAAACAUGGUACAGCUUGUUCUGCAGAAUCUGGAUCGGAGAAUCCAGAAAUCCGGAAGCAAUCAUCCUGAAUACAAACGUGAGGAGCAGUUUUAUGAAGAAGCAAUGGCAGAGACAUUCUACACACUUGUGGAAUCAGCACAAAGGAAUGCAAGAUUUCAACCUCUCUGAAUGACAAUUGGAUGGUGUGAGCUGCUUGUAGAUUGAGACAAUAAUUCAGAUUUCAUGAAUUUGGGAGAUCUGUAAUCUCCCUGGAACCUCUUUUUCAAAAACUACAUCUAAAAAAUCAUGCAAGUUUAUUUUUCUCCUGACAGGCUAUGACCAUGCUUACCCCUUUUAAAAACGUUUUGACAAUUUCGUUUUCAACGAAUGCAAGUUUUAGUGAGAAGAUGACAAACUAAGUGAGAAUAGAGUUGCUACUUCAAUGAUGAGAACUACCAAUUAGGUAACAUUUAUCCUAAUCUGCUAGUGAAGCAUUUACCCCAGCAUGUAUUGCUUGGGUUAAGUGGAAUGUUUCUACGGUUUUAUGCCCUAUAUUAAUUCACUGUGUAUGUUAAGAAUCUGAGCUAUUCUGAAGUAAAAUGCUACUUUCUAGAAAGACUGUCUUUUCAUGUUUGUGUUUUUUAAAAUUCUGAACUGAAAUGAGAAGAGAACGGUUUUAAAACCAGAGAUUACAAGGAUUGCUGCCUCGUUUAAAAGUUAAAAAUCACACACCUCCAGGUUAUAGUCCAACAGGUUUAUUUGGAAGUUUUCUGCCCAUCUAUAAUCCAUGUUUUUCUCCCUGAUGUGACGUGAGUGUAUGGAGAAGUUUAUAAGGGGGUUAGAGGGAAUUAGUAGAAUUAUAUUGCCUGUAAGUAGAGUCCAUUCAUCUAUAAUAGACAUUCUUAUUAAGAAAUUUGGUCCAUGUUUGAUGUCACCCUGGGUCUAAAAGACAGGUCAGUUGGGGAUCUCUGCAUGUUUUUCAAAAAAUCUUUGUUUUGUGAUGACACUAGGAAUACUAAGCUUGAUUUCCAGCACUCUGCCCUCAUGAGGUAUGACAUAUCAGAUUGUAUCUAAUUUUACUGCCUGAUGAUUAUAAUUUGGGUAAGUGUUGAACUGCACUUCCAUCUUAGCCCUUGGAGUUUCUGAGUGAAGGGCCUGAUUAAAAUUAACCCAAUAAUGCAGAGUUUCUGAAGAGCUGAAGUCAGAUGGUAAGCAGAAGGUGGGAGUAUUGUAAGAAUAUGUUUUAUUUAAUGCUUCAAAAUUCUUUAUUUCAUUUCAUAAAACAGCGUUGACAAGAUUUUCAUUGGUUUGCACCAGUUGGCCUGAACGCCUCAAAUAUUGGGAUAUUUGUUUGGAGGCCAGAAGCCUGCAUAGAAAGUUUUCAAUGUUCCUUCUGUUUACAUUAAUGGAUGGAAAAUCAGGUAGAUGCCUUUACAUGUUUGCACUCCAAACAGUCUGUUUUAUCAAUGCUAUUGUAAUCCUGUGCACUUGGGCACAGACCCAGGAAAAUCUCCUCAUAAUAGUGAUAAUUGAGUGAGGCUUGGAAGAAAUAAAUGAGUUGUCUAGAGAAUCAGCAUUAUGAUAAAAUAGAUCUAUUCCCAAACUUGGCUUGUUGCUGGUCAAUAAACAAAAUCUUGCAAAAUUAGUCCUUCUGCCUCUUGGAGAGACCUAAAUAAAUAUUUAAUGCAGGUUCUAAUUUUCAUAUUUGUAUAUAUAAUUUCUUUACAUGUGAUAUCCCCCAACUUGGUAAACCUGACGUACAAUAAGUUCAUAAAUUUGUGUGAGGUAGAUAUUUGUGUUUUUUUUUAGUUGUGCAACAUAGGUGGUGGGCUAGGUGGUGGGCUCCAAUUAUUAAUCUCACUAGAGGCAAUAAUAGGGAAUUAAGAAAGUUAUGGACUGUGAAAUGUACUUCCAGACCACUGGAAUCUCUCAAUGUGGUAUUUUAAUUUGGCAUCUAACCAUUUUCUGAAUGACCUUGUCUCGAAUAUCCCAUUUGAUGAGUUAUUCAAGACAUUUAUUGCCCUUUGCAAAAAUAUCUUUUUGCAAAUAUCUUUUUGCAAAUCCUGCCAAAUUAACUUUUCAGCCGUUUAUAUUUAUGGCAUAUGGUUCUGCUGCGCUGCCUUAUCUUAAAGCAGUGUUCAUGAUUUAUCUUGUCUAAGCUUUUUAGCAUUUUAUUUACUGCUGUGGGAUUUCCUCUUAAAUCUUUAGCUGCAGAGAUCAAGCUUUUUCAAUAUUUUCUCAUCUGUUAUCUACUUGCACACAAAAUCAUUUCAAUAAAGUUCAUUUCUUCAAAACUUC